CUUCAAAAACCUCUCAAUGCCUUUUCUCCGGAAACCCUAACUUUUUAACGUUUGUCUUCUCUCGAAAUGGCCUCGCGCUACAGGGCUGUAUCGAAACCCCUUCACUCUCUACUCAAAUCCACAAUCAACAAACCUACCAUUAAACCAAAAUCCUUACCUUCUCUUCCUUCCACUGCCUCUUCUUCCUCAUUCUCAAGGGCCGUUCCUCAACUAGGUUGUCUUCAGUCUUUGCUUCCUCUGCACACAGCAGUGUCUUCGGCUAGGCUAACAUCAUGUCUGGGCAUUGAUUCAAGGGGCUCGAGAUCGUUGUCUCAGGGUAUGCUCUGCAGUGCAAACCCAGGAGUUUGAUAAUCUCCAAAUCUUUUGUGUUUUGUUUCUAGCUGGGACUCAGCGUGCCGCGAUAACAGGAUGUGAGAAGAUGGCGGUUGAUGGAUUAUUGCUUUUCUUCUUUUGAGGUCCUUUUCAUUAUCGGUUGAAGUUAUUUUUGACUGUUCUGUAUGAGGGUGACUAUUAGGCUGCAAAAAAUUUGAAUUCUCUCAACAUCAUUUACUGGGUAUAAAGCUGGUACAUUGACAAAUAAAUGUCUGCUAUGGCAUUUGUUUUAUUAAAAACAUCAAAGUUUUGGUACUGAUAAUUCAGUAUAUCCGUAAUUAUUGAAUCUCAA